AUGCUCGCCGGGUGUCCCAUUUCCAUCGGAUGGAAUCACAGUGUUUUGUGUCGGUUGUCGGUGGUUCUUCUGCACAGCUUGUUUUCCAGCCUGCAUGAUGGACAACAUGAAAAACAGCAGGGAGUGCAUGUUGUAUCAUUUUGCGCCUGUUUGCUUUUUUCAUCCAGCUAUUCAACAAGUUUUCCUUGGAUGACAUGGGUAGAUGCAUCGGCUUCUCCUCGACUGGUAUUCCAUGGUGAUUUCACCAGUACUCCUGUGAUGUGCACAGAUAACCCAGCCACUCCAUGUAAGGAAUAUUUACAUACAUUGGGAUGGUUGAAAAGGGGUGAAUGUAGGUAA